GCGAGCGCCGAGGCUGAGAUCAGAGGGGCGAACGCUGCACAAGAAGGUGUUAUCACCUUAAAGAAUACAGGAGCGCCCUCGCGGUGCAACUGGCUUGUGUGAUAGUUGUUGCAUGCGCAAUGCACGCCUCUGCCGAUAACUUCGACUGUGCAGAACAAGAUCGCAUCAUUUGCUGACAUCUUCCAUCAAGAUUAAGCUGAAUCACAGAGCUCUCUGAUGCUGUCUGAAUAAACAGCGGGUACAGGCUGAAGAGAACAAGAUAUUCCUGGGGACAGAGUCCGGCGAGCUGAGGUCUGAGCCGUGUCGGACCGCUCUCGUGGACAGCCCCGGUACCUGCUCUGCACCCUGUUGAGAAACCGUCCUCAGCUCUGUCUGGAGGUGUGUCCCUUCAGAGCUCCACCCCCUGUGCUCUUAAGCUCAAAUCUCGCUGCAGCACGCACCUGCCUCAGGUUCUCCCGGUGCAGCCAUGACGGACACGGUUAUGGGCCGGAGCUCGGGCCGCUGGGUACAGAAUGACAGGCAAAUUGGUGCGCUUGCCAAUGACCAGGACCAGGGCAGCUGGACCAUGCAGCCUGGUCCGGGACCUGGUCCCGACCUCACGGAUGAGGAGAAGGAGAUCAUCAACAGCGUGAUUGCUCGGGCUGAGAAGAUGGAGGCGAUGGAGCAGGAGAGAAUUGGGCGCCUGGUGAACCGGCUGGACGACAUGAAGAAGAUGGUGUGUGGCGAUGGCGUGUCCCGCUGCCUGCUGUGUGGUGAACAGCUGGGCGUUCCGGGGGUCAGCUCAGUGGUGUGCGAGGACUGCAAGAAGAACAUGUGCACCCGGUGCGGAGUGCAGAACAACAGCCGGCCACGGGCCAUAUGGCUCUGCAAGAUCUGCAGCGAACAGAGAGAGGUGUGGAAGCGAUCUGGUGCCUGGUUCUUCAAGGGCCUGCCCAAACAGUUCCUGCCCUCCCCCAUGCCCAUCUCCAAACACAGAGAGUCCAGCGCCCAGCCGGCCUCUGGGACAUCAGCACCCCCUGAGCAAGAGCCCAGGGCAGCCAGCUUCCCCAGAACACAGGGCAGGGGCCCAGUGGAGAGUCAGGUCCCCAGUGUAGAACCACAAGUAGCAGAAGCAGAGACUUCUGGACGGGGAGGCCGCCCCCCUGUGGCCCCAAAACCCUCUGAGGUGCGGAUGGGUCACACUGGCUCCCAUUAUGGUGAGGGGGAGGGCGAUGCCCAGGGCGGCUCGGUGGUAAUGAAGAGGGCUGUCCCACUCCAGAGCUCUAGACCCCCCACAGCAGCAACAGUGGCAACAGCAGCCCCCACAGCUAAACAAGCUGCGCCUGAGGUAGACAGCAGCUACUCCACCAUGCCCCAGAGGGAGGAGAGAGUGCCCCCACCAGUCCGGGAGGAGAGAAGACAGCCUGCUGCCUACAACCCUCCUCCUACUCGCCACCAAGCACCGCCUCCAGAGGAGGAUGAGGAGGAUGCCAACAGCUAUGACUCUGAUGAAGCCACUACACUGGGCUCCCUGGAGUUCAGCUUGCUCUAUGAUCAGGAGAGCAGCAGCUUACAGUGCAAUAUAUUGAGAGCCAAGGGACUGAAGCCUAUGGACUCCAAUGGCUUGGCUGACCCCUAUGUUAAGCUGCAUCUUCUGCCUGGGGCUAGUAAGUCCACCAAGCUACGCACCAAGACUUUGCGCAACACCCGGAACCCUGCCUGGAACGAGACCCUGGUCUACCAUGGCCUGACCGACGAGGACAUGCAGCGUAAGACUCUCAGGCUCUCUGUCUGUGAUGAGGAUAAGUUUGGCCACAACGAGUUCAUCGGGGAGACACGCGUGGCUUUGAAGAAACUGAAAGUAAACCAGAAGAAGAACUUCAACGUGUGCUUGGAGAGAGUGGUGCCGAUGAAGCGGACCGGCACAGCAGGCGCUUCGCGAGGCAUAGCGCUCUAUGAAGAUGAGUCUGGGAAAGACGUUGGUGAUGUGGAGGAGCGGGGACGCAUCCUGAUAUCACUCAUGUACAACAGCCAGCAGAGCCGGCUCAUCGUGGGUGUGGUUCGCUGUGUGCACCUGGCUGCCAUGGACGCCAAUGGCUACUCUGAUCCCUUUGUCAAAAUCUGCCUGAAGCCAGACAUGGGAAAGAAAGCCAAAAAUAAGACCCAGAUCAAGAAGAAGACCUUGAACCCUGAGUUCAAUGAAGAAUUCAGCUAUGACAUUAAACACAGUGAGCUGGCCAAGAAGACCUUGGAUAUCUCAGUGUGGGAUUACGACAUUGGGAAGUGCAACGAUUACAUUGGUGGCUGCCAGCUGGGUAUUACAGCCAAGGGGGAGCGGCUGAAGCACUGGUACGAGUGCUUGAAGAACAAGGACAAAAAGAUUGAGCGCUGGCACACCCUGCUGAACGAGAACCACAUCUCCAGCGACUAGAUGCCCCUGUGCAUGCCUCUCUCUGCUCUGCCUCAUUCGCAUCUCACCCUACCCUUAUGAUGUUCUUGUUUCUUUUUUUCUUGUCUUCCAAGCUGGCUGCUGCUUCCCAUUCCCUCUUACUAGACACUAAGGCCCUGACACUGCCCAGCACAACCCCCCCCUCCCAUAUGCCCUCCUUCUCAUGACCCCACUAUUAACACUGGACAACCCCCCUUCCAGAAUGACCUUUGACCCUUCCCUGAGCAUCACCACCAGUCACCCCCUCACUCCUUCUCCAAAAAAAAAACAAGACACAGGGCAUGAAAGGCAUGAUGUAAUACUAUUCACAGGGGCCACUGUGGGGACACCCCAGUUUUAGGACACCACUGAUAGACAGCAAUGCGAUUGUCCCUCCAGUUGCUAGGCAACUCCUUUGUACUUAUUAGUUAUUUGGUGGUUUCAACAAAGGAGUACAGAUUCUUCCCCUUUUUAAAGUGAGGACAAGUAGCCCCUUGAUGUCACCCCUCAUCGAAACAUACAGAGCCCCUUUUCUAACAUAUUACACUACUCUGCACUUGUUGAUUCCUAUUAUUUGUGUACCUUUGAGAAUACUCCCCCCAAUUUUUUUUUUUCAUGUAAAGUAUCGCUGGUGUUAUGUUCUGCGUUUUCUUUUUCCAGAUUGAGGCUUUAAUAUAUAGAGUGGUAUUAAUAGUUAUGCCUGUUAAUAGUAAUAAAUACCAAAUAUAUUAGCAAGUCCAUGUAUAAAAACACAAAAAGAAAAUAAAAAUCAAAUGCACCAGCCGAGAUAGCGAUGGCUUGAAGCUUGUGUGAGCAAUAUGUCAUCGUAGCCUUUACCGUAACAUGACACCCAAGGCUUUUUUAUGGAGCUGUCAAGACCCUUAAUAUCAUUUGAGGGUAAAUCUCACAGCAUCCUGAUACAUGUGUGAGCAUGCAGUGCCAUGAAAGAACUCUGCCAAGAAGCAGCCACAUGCUCAGACCACAACUGAAGAAACAAUUUGGUGGUAUUGGCUCUGUAAGGAGCAGGACUGGCUACAUGUUGCUGCAUUCAUAUUAUUCAGAUAUGCAUUUAAAAGACAAACAGAUUUGAUAAGCAGAAGUGAAGAAUACAGCAUGAGCUACAAAAAGCUGAUUGACACUGAUAUUUGCAGAGAGUUCUUGAGCUUUGUGCUGUUCAUUAUGCUAUAACUGUUCUCAGAUGAGUUCCAUCUUUAGAUUUGUCAAAGGAACAAUACAUGGUUACAUAGGGGUAAUGGGACAUAGUAGCUAAGGAGAAGGGCUUUUAGUCGGACAGUUUUAGGUUCAAAGCCCAGACUGGGUACUGGUGUUGAAAACCCUUUAGAAAUUAAGUUAUGUAAGUUGUCCAGGAUAAGGUUGUCUGAUAAACAAAUCAAUGAUAAUACUUGUUUGUCAUUGUAAAAACAUUAAACUCUUGACAUACUAUGACAAGCAUAUUCCUAAAUUAAUUCUGAAAGUCCUUGUUUUAGUUGCCAUUGUAGAAUGAUAAGGGAUUAUAUACAUUAUUGAACGGUGAAGACGGUAGGAUGUUGACUUGUUCAUUAUAGAUUUGUUCUAAUUGUGUUCAAAUAGUUGGGGAGGGCAGGGCACAAGCGAAUGAAGUUGUCACUUGCAGCCCACCGUAGAUAGGUCCUGAAAAGUAAACGUGCUGCCCAUUUUGCAUGAAGCGUGUCCUAAGGCCCCCUGUGGUGUCUGUCCAGAGAGCAGCCGUGCUUCAGCCAUGGUGGCUCCAUCAUCUGCCCCGAUCCACCUCCAAAGCUUAGACGUGUGGCUAUAGGCAAUUACAGCAAAUCAAGGAAAGCACACAAUGUACAAUGGAAUGACCUCAGACUUAUAUUGCAAUUUGCAAGUUUUACAAACCCUAUGCAUGAGGCGUCUCGUGGUUCAUGGUGUGGAUGGGUUUUUUUUUUUUUGGUUAGUUUUGUUUCUUGUACAUUUUUUCUUCUCCUAGAUGUUGACUUUUCUGUAUCCUGUAGCUUCCUUAUAAACAGAUGCCUUUGUUCUCCCUGUCCUCCAGCCCGGGGCCCUGGUGACCUCCAAGGAAAGGAGGAAAAGAGGGAGGUUCUCAGAAUGCUCUUGUAACAUUGUAACUGUGCAAAUCUAUGACAUAACUGCAGUAUUGAGAAAAUUUCAUGCAGUAGCUGCGCUGUGGUUUGGCUGAGUGCACCUUGGUGUUUGGGGUGGAGUAGCUUUAUUGGGAUAGCUCCUCUCAGUUUACAGGUCCGCUCAGUUCUGGGAGCAAACCUAUUCACCAGGGCCCCUCCUAUUCCCUUCCCCUUGUUUUAGACAAUCAGUAUCCCUUAUGGUGACACGUAUGUUUCCCACUUCCUGUCUGUUAUAAAAUGAAUCACGGAUUUAAUUUAUCUAUGUAAAUACAUAGCGCAUGCAGUGGGUCAGAAAAAUACCCUUAUGUUUGCAAUUUAAUUUGCAUGUAAAGAUUUUACAUAUGGUUUACACGGACCAAUAAAAGUCAAUGAAAAUGA